AUGACGCACGCUCCCUUCUGCUCGCCAGCGUCGUCUGCCAGUCCCUCGGCGGCGACGGUAUCGCGGCCGCGAAAGGCUGGGUGCUGCGCGCCCUUCUCGCCUCCCUCGUCCUUGCCUCCGCGUGACACAUCUUCAGCGGACGCCCGUCGCGCGCAGAUUGCGGCGCUGGCGAAAGCCCUGCACGACGAUCGACGCCGGAAGGGUUCCGGGGGUGCCGCGCCGCCCCCGCCGCCUCAGGCCCGUCUUCACUACGCGCGUGUGUUUGUCUCCGAGGCACGGAGGAACGCGUUAGCCGUGCCUGCCUCUUCGACGCGCCUGCCUCCUGCCUCUACGUCGCCGUCUCCUGCGUCAUCGCGUUCCGAUGGCAGUCGUUCAGUUGCGUCAGCUCCCUCCCCUGGCGGUGCUGCGUCGCCGUCGGCUUGUUCGAUAAGGCGACCUGACGCGGAGACGGCGGCGGACGGGCCUUUGACCCUCGCCCGCAGCGUCCCUCCGGCGCCGGCGCCUCGGGGCGUCGGUGUGGAGACUAGACCGGGCCUGCGCACUGCGGAAACGCGCGCCUCUGGGCGCCUGAGAUUCCUAAAGGAACAAGUUGCUCAGAUGCAGCUGGUUGUGGCGAAGCGAAAGGCGAAAGAGAAGCAGGAGGAAGAGAAAAGGCAGGCCAGAAAGAGGCAGAGAGUUCUCUGGCGGCAGAAUGUGCGCUGGAAUAGACUCGUCAACCCUUCCGCUCUGAGAGACGCAUCGCAGGACGAGGAGGAGCGUCCCGUGCGCAGCGAGGCGUCGCUCGAUCGGAGUGAGCAAGUCGCAUUCUCCGCGGGCGACGGGACGGCCUUCGCCGUUUGGGCUGCGGCGAAAACAGACGCUGCGCGCCGGAGUCUGGUUUCGGCGGGUCGAGGAGACGCAGCGUCUACCGCUGGCUCCGCGGCUUCUUCCGCCGCGGCGGAUGACGCCUCGCCAUCGACUUCGGACCCAGACUCCGCUUCCGUCAUCACAUCCCGUGGGUCGCCCUCUGCGCGCGACAAGGCUUCGGGGCUCAACGAUCUUCUCGCUCGCGAGCCCCGCGCUUCCUCGCUAACGCCCAAGUUCCGGAAUCGCUCGCUGACGUUUUGUCGAUUUUAUAACGGCUUCGGCUACUGCAGGAAUGGAGAUUUGUGUCCCUUCUACCACGAUAGAACGCGCGAAAGAGAGCUAGAGCCGCUUGACGCGCCGGCGCAAACGGUCGUCCCGACGGUCUGUCCCCUCUAUCUCGAAGGUCUCUGCGAGGCUGUGGAGUGUCCUCUCUCCCACGAGGCGGCCGUGGUUCCGGUCUGUGCUCGCUUUCUCCAGGGGCUCUGUAUCAACGACGAGUGUGUCUAUCGACACGAGUUUAGAGCCCCAGCCGCGACUGCAGCCGCAGACGAGGACCCCGAGUUCGAUCCGCUGGCGGAGCGAGCCGCAGGUGAAGACUCCUCAGCGUCAGAGUUCGAGGACGACGCCGAGCGGCCACGAGGCGAGCCUGAGGACUCAGGUGCUUAUGCCUCACCGCCGCCUUCAGGUCCUUCUCUAGAGAGCGAGUGGAUGCUUUCUACACGCCUGAUCCCCGAUCACAUUUACACGUCUAUGCAUCCGCCUGCGUGUCGCAGAAAGACAAAAUUUGCGCUUCUUCGCCAACAGUUUGCUCUCGUCGACUCCUCAGUUGAGGUCCUCUGUCCUUUGUCUCCUGCCGGAUUUCUCGCGUGCGCUCCGCCUUUUCUUCUACAAAGUCCAUCGGCCGACAGAGAAGCAGACGGAGAGUAUUUCUCUGCCAUCAGUUCAAGAUACUGCUUCAUUCCUGGUCUUACUAGAGUUCCUCUCCUCAAGAUGGCGCAAGUCACUCCCGUGAAUCCGAAGCCCUUUUUGACGUCCCUGACCGGCCGCCAGGUCAUGGUAAAGCUGAAGUGGGGAAUUGAGUACAAAGGCUACCUCAAGUCUUUUGACGAGUACAUGAACCUGCAGCUCCAAAACACGGAAGAGUGGGUCGACGGGAGCUUCAAAGGCCACCUCGGCGAAGUACUUCUGCGCUGCAACAACGUGCUGUACCUGCGCCAGGUGAAGGGAGAAGACGAGGAAGACGAAGAGCCGCGGUAG